GAAUCUAUGCAUCGUGACAGGCGCCACUUCUUUCCUUCCUACAGGGGCCGCUCUAUGAAAACCGGUGCAGCAUAUCUGAUGUAUCAUACGAAGCACGACCGCGGCUGGGCUUCCUUUGGCAUGCUGGAAGAGAUGGCCAAACUCACUGACUCGGGUCUCGGUAGAGCGGCGAACUUGGCUGAUACAGCAUCUGCAAUGAUGAUGGAUCUUCGCUACGCCGACUGUUGAUGAUGGUCCUUUCAGAGUUGUAUAUCUAUCACCCCGAACAUUGACGAUACAGGUGGCCCCUCGCUCACAUCCGGAUCGGUCACUGCAUGCAAUCAGCUAGGCAACAAUGUCGAGUUCGUGGGCACCCAACGAAACGGACUUCGAGAUCUAUAAUGAGAAGAUACAGCUACAGGCGAUGAUCCUGGAGAACAUACCCUACGGCGUUGAGCUUACGCUCUUCGUCAUGUGCUUCGUCACCUUGCUCGAGAACAGCGAUCGGUUCAAUCUGAGGCGACAAAUCUUUCUUCUCGCGUUCAUGACCAUUGUUUUCGGAUUAGGGACGGUCUACAUGAUUACCAAUUCUCUGACCGCUCAGCAAGCCUUCAUCGAAUACCGAAACUACCCGGGAGGGCCUGCGGCGUACCUAAACGCCAUGUUCGCUAACACUGUCGGGUUGACGAACAGUGCGUCUUGGGUAGUAAGCAACUGGCUCCUCGACAUGUUCUUGGUUUGGCGAUUCCUCGUCAUCUACAGUGACUUUAACCGGUCAUGGAUGCGGAUUCUGUUAUGGUUUCCCGGCCUCAUGGUCUGUACGUCCAUUGGCAUGUCCAUUGACGUCCUCAAGAGCAUUUCCCAAGCCGACGGCUCAUCGAACUCCACACCAUUCGUAGUCGCGAACAUCACACUCUCGUUCUACGUCAUCUCGCUUGCGGCGAACAUCAUUGUGACGAUUUUGAUUGCGGGUCGUCUGCUCGUCUAUCGACACCGUGUACAGAGCGUUCUUGGGGCACACCACGCAAAAGGCUAUGCCAACAUUGCGACCAUCCUCGUGGAAUCAGCGGUGCUCUACUCUGCCUUCGCGUUCACCUUCCUCAUCGUGUUCGGGAUGAACAAUCCCCUCGCCUACAUUUUUAUCAAUUACGUGAACUCCAUUCAGGCGAUCUGUUCCUUCCUCAUCAUAUUCCGUGUUGCGACGGGGAAAGCUUGGGCCGAAGACACCACCUCGCGGCUCAUGGAAAGUACGCACGGCAACGUAGUCAAGCUCCAGCCCGCCACGAGCAUUCAUUUUGCACGGGAUACAUCUACGGGCAUGACGGACUCUAUGCCAACUUCGAGGAAGGAGAUGGGUAUUAUCAUCUCGGAGGAAGUCGGGCAAAACAAAACAGAUGACUACAGUGCAUAGUAGCAGCCGAAGUCUAUCACGAGCGUGUAGCCGGUCUUUGUCGAUGGCAGUGUCACAGGGUGUAUUAACUAUUGGAAGGCUUAUAAUAUGUUUUCCUGCUGGCAGAGAUACUGCGGA